CCUCGGAUCACGUAAAUACAUUUGCUUCCUUGUAGAGAGCAUCAAAAGUAGUGAGUCCAUCUCUGGACAGUGACAGCCGACUGCAGAGGGCUUGUUUAGGUGAACACGAUGGGGAAAAUAGAGUGGGCGAUGUGGGCCAACGAGCAGGCUCUGGCUUCGGGACUUAUUCUCCUCACUGGAGGCAUUGUGGGGGUGGCUGGACAGUUCAGAGGCUGGCAGUUUGCUGCUUAUGCAGUUGCUGCUGGGGUGUUUGUGUGUCUACUUGAGUAUCCCAGAAGCAAGAGGUCCAAGGGCACGAGUGUGGAGAGAUCGGGCCAGUACUGCUUUACUGUGUGUGUAAAGGCCUUUGGGCCACUGACAAGGAACUAUUAUGUCAGAGCAUUUUUACAUGCAGCAAUCUGUGUACCUGGAGGUUUUAUGCUUGCUACUGUCCUCGGAUGUGUCUGCCUCGGCAUUGCCAGCCUCAUCUAUCUGGUGGCUGCUAUCCGAGGUGAACACUGGGAGCCCAUUCUUCCAAGAAAGGAGGUCCGAAAGCCUAUUACAGAGAGCAUCAAGAAUCCUCCCCAGAAUCCACCACCAAGACCUCCUGCAGAGAUACGCAGGAAACGGGUAGACGACCUGGAGGGAGCAGCCUAUGACAACCCCAUCUCUGUCACUGACAAUGAGUAACCGGUCCUGUGUCCCAUUCCCUCUAUCCCUUCCCGCUGUCUGCCUGAGAUCUUGGUACAAUUAAACCCAUCAAAACCACUCAGAGUGGGGCGUCACCAGACUCUGUGAUUCUGGACAAAUGAAUAGUUUUCUGAAGUGUAGUGAAGCUAGUGACUGGACUACAUGUUGGGUCCACCUUCAUACCUCAACCUGCAGACAAAUAUCUUGAAAACAGAGCAAAAUGUUUCUAAAGGGAAUGUCAUAUUUUACUUUUGAACAAAACAAAAACAUGCCGCAGGAGAUUAUUGUAAGUGCUAUAGCUGCUAAGUGGCAACCACAUACGGAUAUUGUCAAGUCAUAAGACUGUAAGUGAUCACUGCUGUUGUAAAAGUGCAAACGAGUGCCUGUCUUCUGCUCCAACCACCAUAUAUUUUAUUUUUUACUUACCCUUUGUUCUUAAUCUGUAUGUAUUUGAGUAUUUCUUGAAGUCAAUUAAACAAAAUACAGUAGGACUACAUAGCACUGUUUGCUAUGAUUAACAUAUUGGCACAUAUGUAUGUGGCGGAUAUUAGCCAUUCAUUAUUUUAUUCUGUAUUUUUAUGUCUUGUAAAUAAAUCCUGCAUGCCCCUUGAA